CUGCAUUCAGGGCUACAGCAUCUGCCAUGAGGGCCCUGGUGAGCGUGGUGUCCCUGUUCUUCCUGGGCAUCCAGGCCCACAGUGAUUGGAGCUAUUCAGGGGAUGAUGGCGUGGGAGAAAGUCAGUGGUCUGAGCAGUAUCCUUCCUGCGGCGGGGAAAGGCAGUCGCCCAUCGACGUGAAGACGGAGGAGGUGAUGUUCAAUCCCUCCUUGAAGCCCCUGAGCUUGGUGAACUAUGAGAAGGAGAACCUGGAGUUCACUAUGACUAACAACGGACACACAGUAUCGAUCGAUCUGCCGCCCUCCAUGUACCUUGAAACCUCUGACGGCACUGAGUUCAUCUCAAAGGCCUUUCACUUUCACUGGGGGGGUCGGGACUGGGAACUCAGCGGCUCUGAACACACCAUUGAUGGGAUCAGGAGUAUAAUGGAGGCUCACUUUGUUCACUUCAAUAAGGAAUACGGGACCUAUGAGAAUGCCAAGGAUCAAAAAAACGGCCUAGCUGUGUUAGCCGUCUUGUUUAAGAUUGACGAGUAUGCCGAAAACACUUACUACAGCGACAUCAUUUCUGCCUUGAAGAACAUCGAGAAGCCAGGAGAAACUACAACUCUGAAAGACACGACCAUUAGGAACUUGUUGCCUAAGGACGUCCACCACUAUUACACCUACCCAGGCUCGCUCACCACACCCCCCUGCACAGAGAAUGUCCAGUGGUUUGUGCUUAGAGACAAAGUCACUUUGUCCAAGGCCCAGGUGGUGACCAUAGAAAACUCUGUUAUGGAUCACAACAACAACACCAUUCAAAAUGGUUACCGCAGCACACAGCCCAACAACCACAGGGUGGUGGAAGCCAAUUUCCUGAACGUCCAGGAUAUGUACUCUUCGUACCACCUUUACCUAAAAAACAUGCAGAAGGAGAUUCUACAACCUAAGAAACAGAAGAAAACAAAGAAGAACCGGCACUUUUGGAGCCGGAAAUGACACACUGGCCCCAGGGCUCACCCUGCCCCUUGUCUAAGGAAUCCUGGAAUGUGGGUCUCCUUGCUGCCUUCAGCGAGUCUCUGAUUAACCCAGAGGGAGUUCUCCUCCGAGAGAAGAAGUGGAGCUACGUUAGCCAGAAGAGAAAGGGAUGUGGGUGAGAGGGAAAAGACUUCGACGGACGUGCAAAGAAAUCAAGCCUUUCAUAAUUCCCUGUCAAUCAUUCACCUAAAGUUGGGGUCCACAGAUGCAGCUCAUGGUAGAGAGCUUGUCACAACCUUGGGUUUGACCCCCAGCGCCGAAAAAAGAAAACCAUUCACCUUGAUCUACGUUAUAAAUCAGCCUUUAGCAUUUAGAUGUAAUAAAGUGAUUUUGGAAAUUUUCAUUUUUAAA